AUACGUCAUCGUGUCACUACAAAAGCGGGCGAUGAACAGCUGUUCGCAUAUCGUCCGCUGUCUGUGGAAAACCUGACUAAACGCCAACAUUAAUAGCGCUCAUGGAGAGAACUCCAAAAGUGGCGCGCCAAGCAGCGCGGCCAUGCGCAGCGCAGCGCCGGUGGUUGUGACUGCAGCGCGGCACGAAUGGGCUUGUAUUCGGUAUUCUGCAGCACGGCCGACGUGUGCCGGCGACAGCGUCGAACACAAUUCCGAUUUGAAUUUCAUUCAGUCUGCAAAAGUAUCUACAGCGUUUCGGUUGUGUUUCAGCGGCGCCGUUAACGUAAUUUGCUCCACGUAGGGUUGUAGUAGCAUACAGAAAUUAUAAUUGACGCGCGUUCAAAAUUUUCCCCUCUAAGUCGUGAGGUGUGUGGAAAUAAUCGAAAAAAGAGUUUCUAAAAUAUUCGUACUAAUUGUUAAAAGCAUAAAAGUGUUUUCUCGAGUGUGAGCGUCGCAGAGUAAAGUGAAAAAAGAAAUAAAAAAUAAUAAUUGUGAAAUGCAAAUGAAAUGAGCUUCUCCUCUUUGUCGCUAUUGUCGAUCGAAUUGGAUCUUAAGUGUGCCACUUUGUGCCUAUUUUAGUGCUGCCAGAGUUGGCGAGUGAGUGGGAAGCGGGAGGCGUGUACGAAUCAACUCGCCGGCAUCGUUGCAACUUGUAUUAAGCGACAAUAAAAAUUGUUGUUGACUCUUUCUACACUUAAUUCUACUUCUUCCAAGUUUCGCGUUCGGAAAGAAAGCCGCCACAUUUGAGGAAAUCAUUGAGUGCAUUUCAAGAAUUUUCCAAAAUCCAAGUGGCAACUACAUGCUUAAGUAUUGCUAAGUGUGUUGAAAGUGCGGAAGAGCUAACAAACAGCGGCAGCCGGAAAAAACAAACUUGAGCUGUUUGUUGUUGUUAUUUAACGGGAAUCGUGAAAACAAGCAGGAGUGGUUUUUGAGAAAAAAACUCAAAAUAUAAAAAAAAGAAACAAAAUAAUCAAACAUAAAAAUCAAAAAUAAAGCAUAUAUAAAUAAGUCUUAACGAAAUAUCGGCGAGACAACAAUAACAACAACAAAAUUCGUGGCAACAAUUUGUACACGUUUGGCACGAUGGAGGGCGGCUACGUGAAUGAAGAAGAUUCAGAUGCAAUAAUGGGAGUGGAGAGUCCAGGUGGCCAACUAAAAACAAAAAAUGGACAAAAAUAUGUAUUCAACGGUCCACCCUCGGGCAUUUACGUGACCAGAACAUGCGUAUUCUUCACUGCGAUAGUGACGGUUGUGGCGCUCAUCUUCACCAUACUCAUCACAUAUUUCUUGACUGCGAGCUCAGUAACAACACCUAGCUGCUUUAAUGGCAACUCAAAUAAGAACUCACCACCUUUGGCUCUGUCCUCCAAUUCGAAUGGCCAACAAUACAACACCACAUCAGUGGCGACGGCUAGCAUGCUCGGCACGGCACCACAUACCGCCAGUCCCAUAUCGAAAUAUGGUACCACACCACCAAUCGCGCCAAUCGGUGACAUCAGCUUACCGCCAGAGCAUGACAUUCUCGGUGCAGACAAGAGUAAAUCAGCCGAUAGGAAAUUACAACUGCACGACGGUUGGAGACCGCUCCAUUACAACAUUGUAAUUGAGCCCAACAUUAAAACCGCCUCCAACAAUGGUAGCAUUGCCAUUGAGGUACAACGCGAUGCCAAUAUCCCUACUCUGCUUCCGAUUAUUCUUGAUGUGCACAAUAUUUCCAUUUCGAAUGUGCGCGUUAUACGCUCGCUUAGCAAUGUCUCAGCAAGCGAUGAAAUCGAAUUGGAUUUCGAUGGUAAAUAUGGAGAGAACAACUCAUCCUUUGUGGUGGCCAUAAUUAGAGGUAUUGAGGAUGAACGCGAUGUCAAGUUAAUUGUAAGCAUGGAUUUUGUCAGUCAGAUAACCGACACGCUUCAAGGUGUGUACAGAACAAGCUAUACGAAUUUGGAAACCAAUAAAAUCGAAUGGAUGGUCAGCACGCAAUUCUCGCCAGUCGACGCUCGCCGCGCAUUCCCUUGCUUCGAUCGUCCAGACAUGAAGGCGAACUUUACCAUCACUAUUAUACGUGAUGAUAAACUCGGCAUGGCCUUGUCUAAUAUGCCACUCUAUCGUAGCUCUGUUCACCGACCAGGCUUUACGCGCGAUGAUUUUGUAACAUCACCGAAAAUGCCUAUCUACAGCUUCGCCUUUGUCGUUUCAAAUUUGGUGAAAUCUCACUUCUCCGACUUGGAUGCAAAUCUAGUUCCGCGCGUAGAGAUUUGGACCCGCCCCGAAAAUACUGAAAUGACAAAUUAUGCCUAUUCAAUGCUGCGAAAGUUCUUGCCCUACUUCGAAGAUUAUUUUGGCAUAAAGAACCGUUUAUCGAAAAUCGAUAUGGUAUCGAUACCUGAUUUCGGUUUUAGUGCUAUGGAAAAUUGGGGACUAAUUACAUUCAGAGAUUCUGCUCUCCUCGUGCCUGAAGAUCUUGAUCGUGCUUCUUCAUCUGAACACAUGGAGCACGUUGCCCAGAUUGUCGCACACGAAUUGGCGCAUCAGUGGUUUGGUAAUUUGGUCACACCCAAAUGGUGGGAUGAUCUUUGGCUGAAGGAGGGUUUUGCCUGCUACAUGAGCUACUUGGCGCUGAAUACAAUACGUCCUGAAUUCCAAAUUAUGGACACUUAUACAAUCUACGAAUUCGGCGAUGCCAUGCAACAUGACGCGGACAACAGUUCUCAUUCCAUUGCUUUCGAUGUGAAAUCAACAACGGAUAUACGUCGCAUCUUUGAUCCGAUCACCUAUUCAAAGGGUAAUAUACUUCUGCGUAUGUUGAGCUCAUUUGUGGGCGAUGAAGCCUUCCGUGCAGCAACACAAGAUUUACUGAGAUCUUAUGCUUAUGAUAAUGCCGAUCGUGAUGUGUUGUGGGAAUUUAUGACACAACAUGCGCAUGAGCGUAAGACCCUGCCCGAUAGUCUGCAAGUGAAAACGGUUAUGGAUUCAUGGAUAACGAAACCUGGUUAUCCCGUAAUAACGGUCGAGCGUCGUGAAGCUGAUCUAGUGCUAACCCAAGAACGUUAUAUGUUGCCAUCGCGAAAUAUGUCGGAUGACAGCCGUUUCGUUAUACCGAUCACCUUCGAAACGGAUGAGCUACGCAAAGGCGACAAUAUACCCACACAUUGGAUGUUGGAAACUGAUCGACAAAUUGUCAUAAGCGAUGCCUUUACCUCGGAAAAUAACACAGAGAAUGUGGUUUAUGUGAAUUUGAAUCGCCAGGGCUACUACCGCGUCAACUAUGAUAUGCCCUCUUGGUUGGCAUUGAAAAAGAAGUUCACCACGUUGCCGCGUAUCACACGUGCACAACUUUUGGAUGAUGCUUUACACUUGGCGCAAGCCGAGUACUUGACCUAUGACAUACCCCUGACUUUCCUUAUGGAGAUCUUCACAGCCACCGAUGACGAGCUACUGUGGCGUGCAACACAACGUGGACUCAAUUACCUUAUCUAUAUGCUGCAUCGCGAGCCAGCCUAUGAGACAUUCAGAGCUUUUAUGAAAUUCAUUGUACGCCCCGCCUUCGACCGCUACGGCUUGAAUGAACCAGACAAUGAAUCACACAUACAACUACAACAUCGCGCCAAUAUUGCGCGCCUCGCAUGCAAAUUCAACUACGAUCGCUGUACAAUGCCAGCGCACCGGAAGUAUCGCGAGUGGAUGGCCGAUCCCAAACUCAAUCCCAUUAAGCCAAAUCUGAAAUCGAUCAUUUAUUGUACGGCGCUCGCCGAGGGCUCUUUCCAGGAAUGGUACUUUGCCUACAAGCAAUACAAACGCACCACAAGCGCAUCCGAGAAGGAGCAGAUCUUGACCUCUUUGGGCUGCACCACAAAACCGUGGCUGCUCUCCAAAUAUCUAAAUAUGACCAUUGAUCCCACUUCUGGUAUAUUAAAGCAGGAUGGCGCUCGCGCUUUCCGUGCCGUUGCUGAGAACCCGAUUGGUUACGAGAUUGCAUUCGAUUUUCUGCAAUCGAAAAUCAAUGAAAUCUCUGAAUACUUCGGCGAUGGCUUCUCCACACUCACCGAGAUGAUCAAAUCCAUCACCACCUACAUGAAUAAGGAAUACCACAAAGAUCAGCUGCAGCAGUUUGCCGAUCGUGCACGAAAACUGGGUCUGACAGCAGUCGAAGAAGCCAUCGGCUUGGCCAUGGAGCAAGUCAACAACAACAUUUAUUGGCGUGAGCAUUCUUACUAUCAACUGAAAGACUUCCUGGAAGCGAUAGUCAGCGAAUUUCACAUAAAUAUAUUUUAAAUAAUGGGCAAGUACGCUGGUAGAGAGUAAAAAUAAAAGAAAUCGAAAAGGCAAACAAGCAAGAGCAGUGCUUAGGAAUCUUUAAGAAAAUGAGUUUGAGAGUUAUGUAUGUGGAUGGUGUUUGAUUGGGCGUGCAGUGCGCAUGGAGCAGGCUAAAUGAAUGCGAUAAUUGAUGUGGAAUCGUACGAUGUACUCAUUUUCUUUUUAGUUUAAGAUAGUUUACUAUGUAGCGUAAGCGUGAAAGCUGUUGUUAGAGGAAUUAUAUAACAAAGGAGCUUUAAAUUUUGCGUGACAACAACAAGCAAUUCAGCGUUAACAAAAAAAUUCAUAUUGACAUUGAAAUUUUUGUAUUUAAGCACACAAUUGAAAAUUAUAUUUUGUAAUAAUAUGUUGUUUUGCCAACAAAGUGAUAUAUUUGUAUAAGUGAGUGUACCAUAUUUCCUCUGCUGAAGAAAGGAAGCCAACUUUUAACUAACGGAAAAAGAGAGUGUAAAAGUAAUGUGUAAAACUAAAUUAGCACAAAAGCAACGAGUAUUUUGAUAUUUAUUUUUAAGUUUAAAUUAUUUUUUUUUAUUAUUAUUUUAUUAUUAUUUUUUUAUUUUUAUUUAUUUAUUUUUUUUUUUUUGUUUUUGCCUUGUAAGAUGAUAUUUUUAGUGUUUUUUUCGAAUUUAUUUGCUCAUAAUAAAAAUUAUAUACUACUUACAAAAAUGCGCGCCAGUAUACAUAAGAAUUUAAAUAUAAAUACAAUCAGUGUUUAAUGUGUGAAUAAAAUUCAAAAUUAAGCAGCAUUUAAAGAGGUUUUAGGCAACCCUGAGCAUUUGAAAAUUGUCAAUUUGUAUAUAUGCUUAUAAAAAGUAUUGAAAUUGUAUGUUGAACUUCACAAAACGGCGCGUUCAUAUUAAAAACACUAACUCAUACAUAUAGUUUAUACAUAUAUAUGUAUGUACACGAACGAUUUAAAAUAACGACACUACUACAUAAUAAUACACUAUUUACCUAUAAAUAUUUAAAAAUACUACCAUAUAAUACUUAUACAACACAAACACAUCAACUAUACGAAAAUAUUUAAUUUUUACAAUUAUAAUGUCAAAUCAGCAGGUCUCUAUUAUAUAACAGAUAUUUUUAACAUUUUUGUAUACCAAUUAAACUGUAAAAUUAAUUAGUUACGUCUACUCUUAUAAUCACAUUACAAUUUAAACUUAAAUGUGUUUAAAUUUAAUAAUUGUAGUGAUGUUCCUAUGUUGAAAUACACGCAUACACAUGUAUGAAUGUGUGUAAAAUAUAUUUGUAUGUAAAACGAACAGCAAAUAAUUGCAGGAAAAAUAUAAACUAUUUUAUUAAUAACUAAAAAUUUGCCCAAAAGCACGACUAGCUAUAAGUUGAAGCAUAAAAAUAUAAAUAAUAAUAAUAAAAUAAAUAAAUAAUAAGAAAAAAUUUAAAGUAAAAGAAAAAUAACUAUUUUAUUAAAACAUUUUCGAAAACAUGGUGCAUACUUACCGACGCAGUGCAUUUCAAUCGAUUUGGAAACUAAAUUUGGUUGAAUGAUCUAGAAAAUUAGAAAAACAUUAAUAUAACAAUUUCUAACGGCACACAAAAUAAAUUUAAAAUAAAAUUACAAAGAAUAUUUACAAAUUCAAUUAACAAACUAUUUUUUGAGUCACCUUUACGCAUUAUUUAAUUAUAAAGGGUUGUGUUACUUGAGCGUGGGUUUCUUCUUACGAAAAUAUUUUUUAAUGCAUAAUAUCAAAUAACCCGUUUUUGGUUCUUCUCAUGAAUUUCUUAUUUAUAUUUUGAUGAUUUUGGUAUUUUUAAAAACUAUUCGUAAUUAGUUAUUACUUUAAAAAUCAUUUUCUUACGCUAGUAUGUUUAAAAAAUAUAUGUUUGAACAGCUAGUUUUGACAUUGUGAGUUAAAACACUUUUGAAAAAUUGUUGUUUUUAGGCUUUCGACACAACCUUAUAAAUAUAUAGUAUUUGAAUCAUGACUGUACCCCGGCAACCAUCUUUCGCUUAAAUUUUUGAGUUCCACUGCAAACUCUUAAUGUAAAUACAUAAACAGUGUCUAUAUAUAAGUAAAAUUGGUAAAUAAUAAAUAUUUUUGGAUUACAAAAACUAUGCACAUUUACAUCGCACGUGUGUAUGUGUGCGUAAUAGUCACUUAAGAUAGCCAUUAUAUGAAUUCAGCCUUAGAUCGCAGUGUCCUUAAGCGCAUACAUAGCCAUCAUGCCAUUUACACCUACAAUGCACACAUACCCACACAUAACUGUUUAUUUGUAUAUGUAAUACAAAGCGAGUAAUGUAUUUUUUAUUAUAUUAGUUGCAAACUUUCUAAGCCUUUUUAACGGUUGGAUAUUUAUUGAAAGACAUAUAUACAUACAUGCGAAAAAAAAAAACAAAUAAUAAUAAAUUUGGAAAAAUAAAUAUAAUUUAUAUGUAGAAAUCAGACACCAAAAAUAUACAAGUAUUUGAAGCUUUGCACUUUCAGUCUUUUAGACACACUAUUCGAAACUAAAUUAGCUGAGUUAAGUGUAAAUGUAUUCAAGCAGAAAUUGUUGUGUUAAAAGAAAGUUCGUAAAUGCUUCAUUAUCAAUCAGAUUUAUUGUGUAAUUGAAUAAAUGAUGAAAUAAAUAUGAUGUAAUAUAUAUAAAACAAAA